AUGUCUAAAAGUCAACUUGAUUAUAGUCACGAUCCUUCGCAUGAGUCAUAUGAUUUGAUCGUACGCAACGAUGCUCCUUUUAAUGCUGAACCAACACCACCAGAUUUAGUAAAACAUUAUAUUACACCUGAGAAAUACUUCUUUUGCCGAAACCAUGGACCGAUACCUGUCCUUGAUGAAAACGAACAUACGGUAGAGAUUAAGGGUAUAGGUUGUAAAGAAGUCAAAAGAUUGAGUCUGAAGGAAAUCAAGGAUUAUGAAAAAGUGUCGGUUAUGAUGGUGAUGGAGUGUGCAGGAAAUAGAAGAGAUGGUCUACACAGAGUAAAGCAUACAAAGGGCGUCAUCUGGGGGCCCUGUGCUCUUGGAAAUGCAGUUUAUAGUGGCUGUAGACUAAAGGACGUACUAGAAUCUUUAGGCGUUACGUCCAAACUGGAUAAUUUUUCUAAACUGCAUGUCGCAUUUGAAUCUGUGGAACAGUGCGAAGAAGAUAGGUGCUACGGAUCCUCUAUUCCACUUUCAAAAGCACUGGACGAGUUUGGUGAUAUGAACUAUAAACCUCUAACGCGUGAUCACGGUUAUCCUAUUCGAGUAGUCGUACCAGGAUACAUCGGUGCACGUUCAGUCAAGUUUUUGAAGUCAAUCACCGUCCAAGACCAAGAGUCAUCUUCCUUUUUCCAACAACGAGACUAUAAAAUACUUCCCGAGAGUAUAAACACCGAGGAGCAAGCAAACGCAUAUUGGACCAGAUUACCCGCUAUUGGAGAAUACAACGUUCAGUCUUAUGUCUGUAUACCUGCUGAUGGAGUGCACAAUGGAUCCCAACCCAGUGAGCAAGUACAAGGUUAUGCGCUCUCAGGGGGUGGUAGAUUUAUUCAGCGUGUUGAUGUCUCUGGAGAUGACGGAAAGACGUGGGUAACAGCUCAAUUGUACCAGCCUGCAGCAGGAGGAAAUAGUGUAUAUGUUUGGGGUUGGUGUCUCUGGACAGCUACUGUAGAAACAAAGAGAAAUGUGAGGAUUGUUAGUCGAGCAGUGGAUUCUGCUGGAAAUAUUCAACAAGAGUAUCCUAUUUGGAAUUAUCGUGGAGUGAUGAAUAACUCAUGGAGAACAGUAGAAUCAAACAGAUUAGAACAAUCAAACAUUUAA